AUGGAUUUAUCUAGUGGUCAAGAAGCGUUGUCUUUGUCCUGCUUUGGAACUCUUGAUAUUUGGCCAGCAGCAAAUGUGUCCAUAAUGGUGGCCAUUAAGCUCAGCCACAACCUUCAUACUCCCAUGUACUUUUUCCUCUGUGGCCUGUCCUUUUCAGAAACCUGUACUACUAUGGUCAUCAUUCCUCGUAUGCUGGCAGACCUGUUAUCAGAGACCAAGACAAUUUCUUUCCCUGAGUGUGCCACACAGAUGUUCUUCUUCUUCGGAUUGGGAGCUAAUAACUGUUUUAUCUUAGCUGCCAUGUCUUAUGACCGCUACACAGCCAUCCAUAAUCCACUGCACUAUCCCAUUCUGAUGACCCGGAAAAUCUGCUUUCAGCAGAUGAUGGCCUCUUUUAUGGUUGGGAUUCUGAUUUCUCUGUGCAUCGUAAGCAUAAUAUUCAGCUUGUCCUUUUGUGGCUCUAAAACCAUCCAGCAUUUCUUUUGUGACAUCACACCUGUGGUCUCCCUUGCUUGUGAUUAUACUGUCCUUCACAAAAUGGCUCUUCUUGCAUUCACUGCCUUUGUGCUGGUGGGCAGCUUUAUUUUGAUUAUGAUUUCCUAUGUGUUCAUUGUUUCCACAGUUAUAAAGAUGCCCUCUGCAAAAGGGAGGUAUAAAGCCUUUUCAACUUGCUCAUCCCACCUCACUGUAGUGUCUAUACACUAUGGAUUUGCUUCUUUUGUCUAUUUGAGGCCCAAGAAUAAUGACUCAUUUCGUCAAGAUAUGUUGAUGGCAGUCACCUAUACAGUCCUGACACCCCUGCUUAACCCCAUUGUUUACAGUCUAAGAAACAAAGAAAUGCAGAUAGCCCUAAAGAAAGUGUUAGGCAAUGCAAAUAGGUUUAUCACUCAAAGUGUAAAUAAAAGAGUCAUGAACUUUUAA